GUAACUUUAAGGUCUUCUAAUCAUAGAAGUUGCAUUCCCUGUAUGGGUAUGUUAGGGUAAAGUUACAUUGUCCGUAAGACUUCUGUGUUUAUAGUGAUAGAUGGUGCUUGUUUAUGAGUGUCUGAGAGGAGUAGAGAGGUUCAGGGAGGGGAGUCUGCUUAUUAUGUAACUGCCGUUUGGAAAAGUGUUUUCGCGCUCAGCUUUUUGAGUCUGACAUUCCUCCAGUUCCAGUGGAAUUCGGUUCGACAACACAGCGAGAGCAGAUCACAGAGAAACUAUGUGCGCAGAGUGCGUGCUCCUCAUCCUGUCACAUCGCAUGUCGCUCUUCUGGAGGGUCUAACAAAGGUUUUAGGAAGAGAAGGACUUUGGUGAGAAUCCCUUCGCGGCAUUCAGGUCUCAUGGAAAACAGUGGCGUUUAUGUAAAGUUUUCUAAAGAGACAUGCCAACUGAAUUCCCCAUCAGACAAACUGAAGCAAGAGUUGGAACAAGAGUUGAAAUUAAGCAGCUGUAACUUAUCAAGUCAUGGCUGGUACCAUGGUCGCAUACCUUGGGAGGUUUCUGAGUCUCUUUUGCAACGGGAUGGGGAUUUUCUGGUCCGUGACUCCCUCACUAGCCUUGGAGACUAUGUCUUAACCUGCUGCUGGAACCAGAAAGCUCUUCAUUUCCUCAUCCACAAGGUUCUGCUCAGAUCUUAUAAGACAUAUACUCAUGUACAGUACUUUCUGGAGGAGGAAACGUUUGAUUCUCUGCCAGCACUGGUCCAGUCCUGUGUUGGAAAUAAAAGGCCUCUGACAAAGCAGAGUGGUGCCUACAUUUACUCACCAGUUAACAGGACACUUCCACUCAGAUACCUAGAAACCAUGUUUGGGCUUCCAGGUGUGGAAAACAGCCCAGUGAACUCACCAACCAGACAGAAGGGAAGCCAAAAGAAGAGGGAAAGCAUAACUGUGACAGAGGCUUUGGGAAUUGAGCUGAUAAGACCACAGAGUGAUGUUGUGAGGAGUUUUGAAGGUACCAUAGAGCAGUGUGUUGCAGUGUCAUCCUCCCCAAUAAAAAUGAGCACAUUAGCCAGGCGGCGACAAAGCCCCUCUGAAAACAGGAAGUUUGUGAUAGUUCCUUCAUCACCUGUUCUCCAGAAGUCCAGUGAAAUACGGCUUUGUUCAUCUCCCCCUGAAAACACUCUCAUAUAUCUGGAGCCAACAGAGCAUCUUCUGUCCUCCAUAACACAUUCCCAUCAAAACAGCAGAGUAGCAAACCAUGCCAAAAAUCACCUAGCAAUUUCUCAAGAUGACCUUGUGGCAACAAAUUAUUCCAUUGUAAGACAUGAAAUGCAGACUUUGGAUCGCAGAGAGGAGUAUGAUGAGGAUUAUUUAGUGCCUUUCACCAUGGACACAGUUUCCUGUUUCAAACCUAUUGUGUACCAAUCACCAUUGAUGCCCCCAGAAAAUAAACCUUUGGAGACCACAAUACUGAAAAAAGUGAAGCAUGUCCUGUUUGAAGUUGAUAUAAAGACAAUGGCAUUACAUAUCACCAAAGUUGACUGCAUGGUUGCUCGAAUUCUGGAUACAUCUGAUGAUAUGAUGAAAGGGAUGGGGGUGAGUUCAGGACUGGAGCUGCUUACCCUCCCACAUGGACAUCAUCUCCGUCAAGAUCUGCUUGAAAGGUUCCACACUAUGUCCAUAAUGCUGGCUGUUCAGCUGCUGGGCUGCACAGGAAGUGCUGAUGAAAGAGCCACCCUGCUGCACAGAGCCAUCUGCCUGGCCUCUGAACUCAAGAGCAGUUUGGGCAAUUUGUUUGGCUUUGCCACAGUUAUGAAAUGCCUUGAGUUACCACAGAUUGCUCGCUUGGAUGAGACAUGGGCAGUUUUACGUCAGAAGUACACCGAAAGUGCUGUUCUUUAUGAGAAAACCCUUAGACCCUCAAUGAGGAUGAUGAAUGACGGAGAAGAGAUAAGUAGACCCACAGACACAACUUUUCCCCAUGUGCUCCCUCUGCUGUCUCUUCUUGAAAGAAAUAGUGUGGCUCUUGAGGAGUCAUGGGAAAGUGCAGACACCGGAGUGGCCAUGGUCUUGAGCCAUCUGGAUGCUGCACGUAUGAUCGCAUGCAAUGGGAGGAUUUUCAGUGCAAAUGCAGAGGCUAAACUGCAGGGAUUUCAGGAGGAAGCAGAUGUUUGGGAGGUCUUCCUCACAGAGUUUCAGAUGCGUCUCCUGUGGGGAAGCCGUGGAGUGGAAAGAAAUAAAGAUGAACGUUAUUCAAAGUUUGAUGAAGUGCUAACAGCUCUAUCCAACAGGCUUGAGCUUUCAGACUCAGCAAAAUGACAGAAUGGAUGACUCACAUGCUAUUUUCAGAAGAUCCACUAUGUUUUAUCAAUUUAUUUAGUUAUGUUGAUUUUUCUUUAUUUUUUGUUCAUAGGUUUAUAAAGGGGAUAAAUUACUGCCACUGUAUAUAAACUCAUCAUUUCUUGCAAUUUUAACUUAUUUGAUUUUCAGUGUUAUUAUUUACAUAGUGUAUAUAAAAUUCAUACCCAAAGUUAUAUUUUCAAGACAAAAUAACCUUAACUUUGCUAAUAUCGUUAACUUUGAACUUUGAACUAUGUGUUUAAUUGUCUGUUAUUGGUUCUUAAAAUCAAUAAUAAUCAGAUAAUGGGUAAUAUUUACUCGUUGGUACAGUUUUUGGAGAUUUGAAGUCUAUAUAUUAUUUCAUACUUACACAUCAUUUAAAAAUUAUGAUUUAUUCUUUGUUUUUCUUCCAUUUGUGUAGUGGUGUAUGUUUCCAAGUAAAAAAAUUUUGUUUAUCUGA